CGUUGUGCUAUGAAGUCGGAUAAAACAUGGAGUUUUGCGGAGUUAUUGAGCCUGAUCCUAAUGAAAGCGACUGUGGGGUCUGUCCAUAUAAAUGUGGAUCUCUCUCGCCCUACAGGCGAGUUGAAGCAUUUUUGGAAGAGCGCGGGAUAUUGUCCUCCUCUACCACACAGGCAAGCAGAUUUGUUUAAUCUCAGUAAAGACCAAAUAAUUAAUUUGGCUUAUAUUUCAUCUGUGCCACAAAAUGGCAUUGAACAAAUUCGAAUCCAUUGGCUGCUGGAACUUAUUCAAGCUGAGGUGAUAAAUGGGACAAUUCAUUACAAUUUCACAAGCCUGGAUAACUUUAUGCAUCUUCUUUGGGAAAACAAGCUACAUCCUGGUUUUGAAUUGAUGGGAAGUCCUUCAGGAUACUUCACUGACUUUGAUGAUAAAAAGCAAGUGAUAGAGUGGAAGAACCUGAUUGUACAAUUGGCCAAAAGAUAUAUAGGAUUUCUCAACUACUAUGAUGCUUGUUCGGAAGGAUUAAGGGAAGCUAGUGGUCAGCUAAAAUUGGGAGGCCCCGGAGAUUCCUUUCAUCCAUUUCCAAAGUCUCCCAUUUGCUGGAACCUCCUCCGUCAUUGCUACAACGGCACAAAUUUUUUCACCGGAGAGACAGGAGUCCGGCUAGACUACAUCGCCAUGCAUAAAAAGGGAGCUGGGAGGUCUCUUCAUAUCUUGGAACAGGAAACUGAGGCCAUGGGACAGAUCCAGAAGAUGUUUCCCAAUUUUGCCUCGGUCCCCAUAUACAACGAUGAGGCUGAUCCUCUAGUAGGAUGGUCAAUCCCACAGCAGUGGAGAGCGGAUGUGACCUAUGCCGCUAUGGUGGUAAAGGUAAGGUUGAUGCAGGUAAAAGUAGAAGUUUUUGUUUUGAGAUUUUUAUUGGAUCAUUGGAAUAUCAGAGUAAACAGAAGCAUGUCUAGAUUCUCCUGCUCAAUUUGCUCUGUGUCAGGGUUCCAAAAAGCAUCCAAAAUUAAAUCAGAAUCAGAGGCAAAGCAUUCCUCAAAGUUCCAAUUUAUUAAGAGAGCCAUGUUGGCACACCUGGGGAAAUAUUCCAGGGUUACAAAGGUCACAAUGAGCAAAAAAUGGGUGAAAUCUUCUUACCGUCGCUACUGGUUCGCAAAUGUAAGCGCACGUGCCACCUCCGCACAUUCGUAGGACCUUCUGCUCAUGCGCAGAGUGUCAAAAACGGACAUGAUGACAUCCAGGCGGGUUGGCGGAGCCUGCUACAAAGUGCGCCUGCAAAGGUUAGUAGAACAGCGAGGGAGGGGAAUCCACUGUGCCAUGCUUUCUAGUUAAUAUAAAUCACAUUUCACAGCUGAUGGUUGGAAAUACCGAUUUGGUAUUUUUUACUACCGGCUCAGGCGAACCGGUCUGAACUGGUAGCAUUUCACUCCUGGCAAAAAGCAAUGUUCAUUACAAUAAUUUUCCAUAUUAUAUUGGGACAACAGGAAGCAGGAAGCUUGUAGAAAAUGUCCCUUUGCUCUGUUUCUACCAGCUUAAUGCAAUAACAUAGAUAAUGAACCAGGUCAGGUACAGAAGAGUUCAGAAGAAGAUAAAGUAGAUUGCACAUAGUUGCUCCAUCCAACUUACCUAUUUGCAACAUCCCUCUGGCCUGGGGGAAUACAGCAGGCAACUAGAGAUAGUUUUCAGAAUCCCUGUACACACAGCUGCCUUCCCCACUAAUUGAUACAGAUAGUCCUCGUCUUAUGACCACAUAAGAGCUGCUGAAAUGGAACUAGCCUGAUGAGUGCUUUAGCUUAGUUUUGAAGGCUUCCAAAUGUUGCAAAAUCAAGCCUUGUGCACCACCUAAUGGAGAAAACUGUAUCUGCACCUUGCAAUUUUGGUAAUCCAUAAACAUGCCCAAAAGGCUGGGAACCUCACCAAUGAUGAUGAUGAUGAUGGUAAUAAUAA